AUGGCGGAGGCGUCGCCACUGCACGACGGCGCUAGCAACGGCAAGCAGCAUCCCGUCUUGGACGACGAGGCGAGGGAAGCAGAGGAGCCGCGGCGGGAGCGGGUCGCCCAGCUCACGGAGGACAAUCUGCGGCUCAAGGCUAGGCAGUCGCAGAUGCAGGAUCAGCUCGAGGAGCUGAAGCGCCAGUUGUAUGCAGAGAGAAGCGCGCGGCAGAGUCUUAGUGCGGAGCUAGAAGAUGUGAAGGACCGUCUUCGGCGCGCGAAGGACCUCCUCGACCAGCAGAAGAGGGACCACAGCGGCGUCUCGCUGCAGCUCUGCACCGUCACGGCGGAGAGAGACGAGCUUGAGGCGAAGGUGAGCGAGUUGUGGCGCAGCAUGUCCACCCUCGAAAAGACGGUACACGUGAAGGAGGCGGCAAACAAGACUCUGCGCGAGUCCCUUGACAAUGAGAAGAAGGAGCGAGCUGCGCAGGAGGUGCUGAUGAGCGCAAUGGUCACACAGCUUGCCGCAUUGGAGCAGCAGCAGGCGGCCGGCGCGAGCGCCGAGGAGCGGCAUAGGAGGCUGGGCGAAGGAAGACUACGCGACUUGGAGGAAGAGGCGCGACGCAUAGCAGUUGUACUUGACGGUCUGGUGGACGGCCAUGCCGCCGCGCCGUUGGAUCAGCAACGUGACCUGUUGCUACUGACGGAGGACGAGGACGACGGCGACCCUGAUGCCGCUCUGGCGGUCGACGACGGCCUCAACACAUCCGACGUGGAGGGCGCCGUUACGCCGGACGCGCCACGCCCCAAGUCCGGUGGUCGUCCCCUGAGCCCCGUCUAUGCCGCGCUGCGACGCCUACGUCACCAGCUGCAGCUGCAGCGGGACGAGCGGGAGGCCAUGCAGCACGACCGCCGUGUUCUUGAGUCGCACAUCACGGCGCUGAAGGACGAGCUACGCCACGUGGGGAGCGACGGCGAUGGUGUGCGGGAGCAGCUCUUCCGCAGCGAGGCCCAGCGGGCGCAGGUGACGGAGACGCUGGAUAGCAUGCGGCGGGCACGCGAGCAGGAAGCCACGCAAGCAGCAGAGACGCGACGCAAAGCCGCACUUAUGCUGCAUUGCAUGGACGACUGGUGUGUGAUUGAGCAGCACAUCGCAGAUCUUGUGCAGGAGGUGCGGCAGCUGCGAAAUGCCGUUGAGGAGAGCCGUCGCGCCCACGAAGCGUACGUGGUGCGAAAGGAGGAGGAGGUUGACCGCAUCAUGGAUUCACACCAACGUGACACUGAUGCACAGCAACAGCAAAUUGAGCAGACGCGACACGAGUGCGAGCGCUUCAAGCGAAUUGCGGCUGCAACGACCGCCGUGGGUGUUGGUGGGGGUACUGAUGUGAAUACCAGCGUAUCAUUGACGGAGCUGCGACGCGAGCACGAGGCUUUAAAGGCAAAGUACCAUGGUGUGCUGCAGUACAUGGAGAGUGAGCUGGCUCCGCUGACGGCGGAGCAGGCCAAGGCGUUGCAGGAGGGUAAACAGCGGGAGGAGGAGCUGCGACGCUGCAACGAUGCGCUUCGGCUCGAGCUGAAGAUGCUGAGCGCUGUGCGUGGAAACAGUAGCGGGCAUCUGUCGCUAUUCGAGGCGCUUGUCCUCACGCUGCGUGUUCUCUCCGGUGCCAUGGCGGACGUGCAUGAAAUGGCGCAGCAGCGAACAGCACUGACGCGUUACAUUCUGGCGUAUGAGCGGAUGUUCGGCGCAUUGAGCACGUGCGGUGGAUCGCCCACCCCGUUGCCGUUGCUACGCUUCCGCAGAACUGUUGUGGCGGUGUUGGCCGCUCGCCGCCUCUCAGCGCUUCGCAAAACGGCGUGGCGUCGCAGCGGUGUUAUUUUAGGGGGACAACGCGGCAGCGGCCGAAUUCGGCUUCCGGCGGAGACGUGCUGUCUGGUGCGCGGUGGUCUCAUACAGCUUCCGCCGAUUGAGGCCGACAGCGUGGCGGAGGCGGAAAGGGAAGGGAACGCGGGGGAUGACAUCAUCUUUGUGGCAGAGGAGGAGCUGCAACUGCCCCACAUGUCCCGAAAGACGAAUUACAAUGCGCUGGGUGUGGUGGCCACGCAGUCCCUGACACUGCGCGGCUUCAUAGAUGUUCUUCUAACGUUUGUAACUGUCCCGUCAGCAUUGCGACCACUACACGACGCAAAAGAACCGCUUUGGCGACGACUGGCUAGCGGAUUGUAUGCGCUACAGCAACAGUACCAGCAGAAGCAGUGGAUGCCGUCGCAGGAAUCGCGACAAACAUUUGGUAUUCCACAGCGGCUGCUGCAUUUGCCACCGCGCCACGCUGAACAGGCGUCCGUCGCGCUUGAGUGGCCGACUCCCGCGGCAGCAGCACCAUCAUCGAAUGGGCCUGCUCCUCCUGCUGUUGGUGUCGCUGUUGCUACAGCAGAGCGCCUGCCGGGCCGAAGUCGUGAGAGUGUCCUCGCCCCCCGGGAGCCGUCGGCGCGUGCUUUGUCGUAUUCGCCCGGGCAUCUGCGGGAGACUGACGCAGGGCGGAGCAGCCGCACGUACCCGGUCCCGCAGCCUUCCCCCCAAGUGGUGCAGGACGGCUGGAGACUCGAGGAAGACCUCCAACGUUCCCUGCACCGUGACACGCUCAACAGUAGUGUCGCGCAGGAGAGUCAGACGGGGAACGGUUUCGCGUCGGAGGUGCUGAGCGUCAUACGUGCGCUUGACCAGCGUGUGCUGGGGGCGUUGGAGCGUGGCGCGCGGGUUAGGGAGCCUCGGCCGCGGCGGUGA